CCUAAAUUGCACAUCACACGACGUAAACACUAAAGCAGAGCGUCCAACUAAAGAUACCUUUGGUAAACAGCUCCUAUUUUCAUUUUACUUUGAAUAAGGUGUCGAUAUUAAGAUUAGAAAGUCUCUAAUUUCGAAGCUAUGAAACCUUUAAUGUUACAUGGUCAUGAACGUGCCAUUACCCAAAUCAAGUACAAUCGGGAGGGAGAUCUCCUCUUCUCAUCAUCCAAAGAUAAUAAACCCAAUGUUUGGUAUUCCCUCAAUGGAGAAAGAUUAGGAACGUAUAAUGGGCAUCAAGGUGCAGUAUGGUGUAUUGAUGUAGACUGGACAACUACUAGACUUCUAUCUGGUGGUGGUGACAACAGUUUAAAAAUAUGGGAUUGUGAGACUGGUAAAGAAAUAGGAACCAUUGAGGCAAAAUCUUCUGUGAGAACAUGUCUAUUCAGUUACUCUGGGAAUAUGGCCUUCUAUUCAACAGAUCGAGCUAUGAGGAAUAAUUGUGAAAUUUUUGUAAUUGAUACACGCACAGUGGAUAGUAGUAUAAAUGAGGCAGAUCCAAUUUUGAGAAUACCCAUACCUUCUUCUGAAACUAGGAUAUCAUCAGCUCUCUGGGAGUUUUCAGAAGAUACUAUCAUAACAGGCCAUGAAGAUGGCACACUGUUCCAAUGGGAUUUUAAAACCGGAAAGAGUAUCAAAUCUGUUUGUGAACAUAGUAAUUUGAUAAAUGACAUGCAAUGGAAUAAAGAUGGAACAAUGUUCAUCACAGCUUCUAAAGAUAACACCGCUAAACUUUUUGAUGGUGCAGAUCUUACACAUUUAAAAACUUACAAAACCGAAAGACCAGUAAACUCUGCUGCAAUAAGUCCUAUUUUUGACCAUGUAGUUCUUGGAGGUGGACAAGACGCAAUGGAUGUCACAACAACAUCGACCAGAGUGGGUAAAUUUGACUCUAGGUUCUUCCACAUGGUGUUUGAAGAAGAAUUUGGACGUGUUAAGGGGCAUUUUGGCCCUAUCAAUAGUGUGGCUUUUCAUCCAGAUGGCAAAAGCUACAGUUCAGGAGGAGAAGAUGGUUAUGUGAGAGUGCAUAAUUUUGAUCCAUCAUAUUAUGAAUAUAAUUUUGAUUAUUAAAAUCAUUCAAUAAUGA